CCCUCCCCCUCGACUCCUUUGCGUAGGUUUCUACAUUCUGCCAAGUACUCCAAUCAUCUCGACUAAAGAUGAAGAUUUCUUACCUUGCUCUUACCAGCCUUGCUGCAGCUGCCACCUCUGACAGUGACAAUCGGCCGCACAUCCUCAACAGCGACGUCCAAAUCACCGAAGGCAAGGAAUUUACACUCCAGUUUGACAACUGCCCCAGCGGCUGCACUAUUAUUCUCCGCAAAUAUAUUAGCGAUCAGAAGCAAACUGAUUUCAAAACCCUAACGACCAAGACAACUGGCGAUUCCUUCUCCUUCACGCCAAAAGACAUCCCCUCGGACACGUACAACUUUUACAUUGUCAACAACGCGAAUAAGACGCUGGAGAACUUCAGCGACCACUUUCCAUACAAGGGCACCGCCACCUCCACCACUACGGAUGCCUCCAGCUCGGCGGCUACACCUAUACCAUCCACGACCGAUUUAGGAGAUGUUUCCAUCACAAUGACGUCGACCAGGGCCACAAACACGGGUGUAGGCUCAAGCAAGGGCUCUCCAACCGCUAGUGCUACAGCUCCUGGAAACGGCAUUAGCAUUGUCGGCGUCUCGCCUCUGGUGGUCGUCGCUGGCGCUGCUGCUGCUGCUGCUGCUGCCUUUGCACUGUUUUAGUCAAGACGUCUUCUAUGAAAUAGCACGAAUAUGUCACCCUACAUAAUAAUAAUGAUAAUGUAUAUGAGUCUAUAUACUGUAAUCUUUUAUUUAUUUUGGUUUUAAAAUACAUUAAAUUGUGCGAAUACGAAUAGUCUUUUAUGAGUAUCUUGAGAGCUAGCUCAGCGACUAACUACUACAGAUAUUCAAAGACGGAAGGACGGAAGGACGGAAACUAAGAUGAGCUCGAAAAGCUUGUCAUGCUUUACGGACCUUGAUUAAGUGCCCAUUCACUCGCCAUUUGAUCAUGUAUUUGCGCCUUAGCAGUACCGAAAGUCGCAGCUAAGCCACAGUCCGGCCAAAAAUGGCCGGACACUAUUAGCCUUAUGUAGCAAAAGCGAGACAGUCAAUUCGCCGGUGACUGUAUCUGUGGCUUUUGUAAGCGAAUUAUAGUGGCUGUAACUGUGCUGUGUAGCACCGUGUGCCUUCAAGGUGUGUGUAGAUGCAACAGCCACAUUCGCCGCGGAUGUAGCCAGAUACUAGCGCUAAAUUAUCUACGCAUUUCAUAGAGAUACGCUUACGUAUGAAUUUUC